UUAAAGAAGGCAAAGCUUUGUUCGGUAACGGAUGAACGCUAUUUAUACAGGCCGAAAGUAAUCCAAAAAGUGCAUAUACAAAUUUAAUACAAACAAAGACGUUUGUAGAACUAAAAGUGUCCAGUUUUAAGUUUUUCAACGCAGCAACUAAAAAAAGAAAAAUGUUAAAGGAAACUAUUUCAAUAAUGAUUCUAAGUGUGAUGUUCUACGGUAUUCGAUGUCAAGACUCGGAUGAGGAUUACUUCACGUGUAAGAAUGGCGACCAAAUACGCGACUAUCAGCUAUGCGAUGGCAAGAAAGAUUGUAGCGAUGGUUCGGAUGAGUUUAUUGAAAAUAAUGUCAUAGAGAGUCCAUGUUUAAAUGCAGAGUGCACAGAUUCAGAUGCCAAAUGCCAUUAUGGUGCAUGCAUUCCGGCAUCAAAAUGGUGUGAUACAAUAAAAGAUUGUGCCGACAGUUCGGAUGAAUGGAAGCGGAAUUGCAAUACUAACAGAAAUCCCAAUGAAUUAUCUUGUGAAAGUGGUGAAUUUAUCGCACAGGAAUUAUUUUGUGAUGGCAAAGCGCAUUGUGCCGACGACUCUGAUGAAACUGAAGCGUAUUGCUCGUUGAAAAAAUGCAAACCCACACAAUCCCCUUGCAGAUAUGGCGCGUGCAUUGAUACAAAUAAAUUUUGUAACGGAAAAAUUGAUUGCAUUGAUAAGUCGGAUGAGAAUGAAUUUUUCGCUAAGUGCCCGCACCACAAUUCAUCAUCAGAAGUCACGGAUGAACCACCCACCAGCCCUUGCAACAUUCUAGAUGAUCCAAAUCUCGAAAUAUAUAAUGAAAACGAACAAGUUUAUUCAAAACCCGGUUACUUUGACAGUGAGACUCGAAUCAUUUUAACAUGCAAAAAUAAUUACACAAUGGCAGCCAAUACACCGGAAGUGAGGCGCAUUUGCGGUCAACAGGGUUGGAAUGAUGUGAUACCGAAGUGUUUUAAAUUUUGUAAUGAAGAAUUACUACAUAGAAGUAAUUCAACGACUGUCGGUUGCCUUUAUGGGAAUAUGAACGUAGAUUGCAAGGAUAUAAAACCUCGUACGGAAGUGAUAGUCACGUGUGCCGAUAGUUACCAAAUGCCUGACAGCUUAAGUCGAAAAGGCGUCUAUUAUAUGGGGUGUUCAAACGACUCUACAUGGGACAGGCCAAAGAUCAAUUGUGAGCCUAUUUGUGGGGAAAGUGAUAUUGGGCCUACAGCCUCCAAUGCUCCAUGGUUUGUUCGUAUCAUAGCUCAAUCGUACGAUGUAUGUGGAGGCACCAUAAUUUCACCAAAUCUUGUGAUAACGGCAUACCAUUGCCUUCUUGAUGAAAAUAGGGAAGCUCUUGAACCUAAUUCUACUGAAGUAAUGGCCGCUAAAGAGUUUGCAAACAACAGCAUUCAUACAAUUACUAUAAAGGUGGAUCGAAUAUAUGCUAAUAGAUCUAGCGAUGUUGCCUUGCUUAAAUUAGCCAAACCAUUUACUUUGAGUAAAAACAUCAGACCAAUAUGUGUUCCGUGGGAUUUUGCUUAUAGUAGAGGUUUUGUGAAUAAGUGGCCAGUAAUAAGAGAAGAUGUUGGUGUUAUAAAAUUUAGCGAAACCAGAGUAAACAUUGUCUCCCAAUGCAAUGCCACUUUGACAGACGACCAAUUUUGUGUACGCCCAACCUUUAGGCGGGGGCAGCUUUGUCAAGGUGACAGUGGUACCGGAGUAAUUACUAAAUACAGGGGUAAACACUAUUUAGUUGGCGUUAUCAGUUUUAAGCCCAAUCUUUCUUUCACCUGCACAAGAGAAUCCGUGGUUGCCGUUAGUUUCACGAAGAUAAAAAAAUUUUUUGAAAGGGAGAUUGAUAGCGAAAAGGAAAAGAAAUAUAAGUAUUUUUAAUGUGAGUAAUUGAAAAUCAUGAUGUUAAGUAAUUAUUAUACUAUAGAUUGUAACUGGAAAAUGUUACUAAUGUACAUUUACAUGUGUGUUUAUGCAAUUGCAAGGUGGUGCAAAGUAAUCGCCCUCUUAGAACAUUUAUAACUUUUGUAAAAGGUGUCGUAACUCACUUGCAUAUAUAUGACACUUGUGAACUAACGGGUUCUGUAUACCAACACACAAGCUAUUGGGGGCGUAAAUGCUAAAAUAAAGAUUCUUAUCACACAAAAUCAUUUCUUUUAAUAGAAAAGUAUUCAAAAACAAACGUAUUCAAAAACAACUCUCGCAGAUUCAAAUAAAAAUCACUAAAGCUAAAAACUAAAAGUUAAUCCUACGAGUAUUAACAGCGACGGCCAUACGUUCAACAGACAUUCUGCCAAGGUUAUGUCCAUCAACUUUGGGUAUCAUAUUGCCAAAUGUACUGGCCGUGAGAAAC